AUGAUACAUUACUUUAGCACUGCAAAGCUUGUAGAGCUGUCUCAUCCAAAAGCAGAACUCCGACUGCUUGAGGUUUUCGAUCACAAGAUCUACAGGAUCUUCCUAAACAGUGAGAAAUUUGAGAAUAUUAAUGACCAGUACUGGACUAUUCGUGGAGAGGAGAUUCCAGAAGAAGAGAAAAACUUGGGUCUCGAUGAUAUCUUGAUUCAUGCUUACCACUUCACGAAAGUCACUGUAUUGAACCAGACGCAAAGAAGAGAUGUUUAUGGUGCACGGGAGCAGUACCUUGGGUUGGAGCACUCUGAUAAAGCUCCUAAGAGGGCUCACGCAGCAAAUCAAGUAAUUGCUGCGGCUGCCCAAGAAACCUUAGAGUCCAUGGCGUCUAAUGUCGGCCAUGUUACAGCAAGCAGAGAAAUGCAAAAUGAUGACCUGGAUGGCCCUGCUUCUCCAGCAGUUGAUCGAACUCUGAGAAGACUUUCUGCUGCAGAGGAUCUAUUGAAGUCCACUUUAGCCAGAGAACCAUCAGUAGAGGCUUUGGCUGCAUUAGACACUGUGAGCCGCUACGCAAGGAGCAGCCUAGACACUCUCAGCAUGAAUGGGGCAUAUGAGGAGUUCAAAGCAGCCUUGAAACUCUUGACUGAACUAGGGAUGAUUCAUUCAACGAUCACUUCCAUGUUCAAGGCUCUUCUUUCGAAAUGCCGAAAUCAGAGCUCUAAUUCUGUUUAUCUUUCCAGCAGCAAAAGGGACGAGGAGAUGCAUGUGCCGCCUUCGGAUUUGGCAGGAAGCUCUCGGGGCAUGGAAGAGUGCAAGUCAUUUAAUUUUCUUCCGGGUAUUGAUAAUGUUGUUUUGAAAUUUACGGUAUUUGGUGUGGUGGGAGUAGCUCAAGUGGAGCAGACUAAUGCAUUUGAGGAUCCUCAAAAGAAGAAAUUCACUUGGACAAUUGAGAGCUUUACUAUGUUGGACAACAAGAACCACUACUCUGACAUCUUCGUUGUUGGCGGCUUUAAAUGGCGGAUAAUAAUGUUUCCCAAGGGAAACCAAGUGGAUGCGUUAUCAAUGUAUUUGGACGCGGCAGAUUCUGGGACAUUGCCAUAUGGGUGGAGAAGAUUUGCACACUUUAGCUUGGCUGUAGUUAAUCAGAUCGAUACCAAGUACUCAGUAGAAAAGGACACACGACACCAGUUCAAUGCAAGAGAAAGUGACUGGGGAUUCACUUCAUUCAUGCCUCUUGGUGAUCUUUAUGACCCGAGUAGGGGAUAUCUGGUGAAUGAUACAGUUGUGGUUGAAGCGAAAGUUACUGCCUGUGAGGUUCUUAAUUAUCAGUCAUAUGACUCGAAAAAGGAAACUGGUUAUGUUGGGCUUGAGAAUCAGCGGCAAAGUGGUUAUAUGAAUUCUCUACUCCAGACGUUUUACCAUAUACCAUACUUUAGAAAGGCUGUGCAUCAUAUGCCAACAACUGAGAAUGACAUGCCUUCAGGAAGCAUCCCUUUGGCACUACAACGUUUAUUCUAUAAGCUUCAAUACAGUGACAGCAUUGUUGCAACUAAAGAAUUGACCAAGUCUUUUGGGUGGGAUACACAUUAUUUGUUUAUGAAACAUGACGUACAUGAAUUUAAUAAAUUUCUUAGUCAAAAGCUUGAAGAUAAAAUGAAGGGAACUGUUGUGGAGGGUACAAUACAGCAGUUAUUUGAAGGACAUUACAUGAACUACACUGACUGCAUCAAUGUCCACUACAAAUCUGAAGGAAAAGAGUCAUUUUAUGACCUCCAGCUUGAUGUAAAAGGCUGUCGGGGUGUUUAUGAUUCUUUCGAUAAGUAUGUGACAGUUGAACAUCUUGAGGGUGACAAUAAAUACUGUGCCGAACAAUACGGUUUGCAGGUUGCUAAGAAGGGUGUCCUGUUUAUUGACUUCCCUCCUGUUCUUCAACUUCAGCUAAAGCGAUUUGAGUAUGAUUUUGUGCGGGACACUGUGGUUAAGGUAAAUGAUCGCUAUGAAUUUCCUCUUCAACUUGACCUUGAUAGGGAGAAUGGAAUGUAUCUAUCACCUGAAUCAGAUAGGAGUGUCCGCAACCUCUACACUCUUCAUAGUGUCUUGGUUCAUAUUGGUGGGGCACAUGAUGGACGUUACUGUGCUUUCAUAAGGCCAACCCUCUGUGACCAGUGGUACAAGUUUGACAAUGAACGUGUGACGAAAGAGGAUGUGAAAAGGGCUUUAGAAGAGCAGUAUGGUGGUGAGAAAGAGUUGCCACAGACCAAUUCUCGCUUUAAUCGUACUUCUUUCAGCCUUACAAAAUACUCAAAUGCAUACAUGCUUGUGUAUAUACGGGACAGUGAUAAGGAGAAAAUAAUGUGUAACAUGGACGAGAAAGACAUAGCCGAACAUCUAAGGAUAAGGUCGAAGAAGGGACAAGAAAAGAAAGAGGUCGAAAGAUGUAAUGCACAAGCACACCUCUACACUACUAUUAAGGUUUCUCGAGAUAAGGACCUGGCAGAACAAAUUGGAAGCGAUGUAUAUUUUGGCCUUGUCGACCAUAACAAAGUUCAUAGGUUCCGUAUUCUGAAUCUAACACCCUUUAAUCUUUUCAAGAAGGAGGUUGCAAAUGAGUUUGGCAUACCAGUGCAGUUUCAGCGUUUCUGGAUUUGGUCCAUGAGAAAAAACCAUACAUAUCGCCCCAAACGACCAUUGACAAGUUGUGAAGAAUCACAAGCAGUUGGACGAUUGAGAGAUGGAUCAAAUACAAUACACAAUGGAGAGCUAAAGUUGUUUUUGGAAGUAGAGUUUGGGCCGGAUCUGUGUCUUAUUGCUCCGCCUGCCAAAACCAAGAAAGAUAUCCUUGUUUUCUUUAAGCUUUAUGAACCUGAGAAACGAGAACUACGUUUUGUUGGUCGGCUUUUCGUGAAGAGUUGUAGCAGGCCAGAAGAGAUUUUAGCAAAAUUGAAUCAGCUUGCUGGUUUUUCCCCUGAUGAAGAAAUUGAACUCUAUCCGGAAUUAAGGUCUGAGCCUUGUAUCAUGUGGGAGCAGCUUGACAAGAAGAUCCCAUUUCGAUUCAGUCAGAUUCAAGAUGGGGAUAUUAUAUGCUUUCAGAAAUCUACUCCUCAUGGAAGUGAAGUAUGUAAAUAUCCUAACAUUCCUUCAUUUUUCAGAUACCUACAUUAUCGUCAGAUUGUUCGUUUCCGUUUGCUGGAGAAACCGAAUGAGGAUGAUUUCAGUUUAGAAUUGUCAAAGCUUCACACUUACGAUGAUGUUGUGGAGAAUUUGGCUCGCCAAAUUGGUUUGGAAAAUCCCACCAAAAUCAGACUCACUGCACAUAACUGCUUAUCUCAACAACCUAGGCCCCAACCUAUCAAAUAUCAGGGAGCAGAGCAUUUAACAGAAAUGUUAACUCAUUACAAUCAAAGCUCUGAUAUUUUGUACUAUGAAGUCUUGGGCAUUCCCCUGCCAGAGUUGGAAGGCCUGAAAACUCUAAAAAUUGCCUUUCAUCAUGCUACAAAAGACGAGGUGGUGAUUCACACUAUUAGCUUUCCCAAACGGAAAACUGUUGGGUAUUUGAUUAAUGUACUUAAAACGAAGGUAGAGCUGUCUCAUCCAAAUGUAGAACUCCGAGUGCUUGGCAUUUUAUAUCACAAGAUCUACAAGAUCUUUCUGCACUCUGAAAAAAUUAGGAAUAUUCAUAAACAGUACCGGACUUUGCGUGUAGAGGAGAUUCCAGAAGAAGAGAAAAACUUGGGUCAACGUGAUCGCUUGAUUCAUGUUUACCACUUCACAAAAGUCACUAAUCGAACUUAUUGUUUGAACAUUUUACAGCAUGUACAAACUUUUGGGGAACCUUUUGUCUUGGUCAUCCAUGAAGGUGAAUGUCUAGCUGAAGUUAAAACACGGAUACAAAAGAAAUUGCGGGUUCCCGAUGAGGAGUUCUCAAAGUGGAACUUUGCAUUUUUGUCACGUGGUCAUCCAGAGUACUUGCAGGAUUCUGACAUUGUUUUCAGCCGAUUUCAGAGAAGCAAAUCGUUGCCUCCAUGGGAGCAGUACCUCGGGUUGGAGCACUCUGAUAAAGCUCCUAAGAGGGCUUAUGCAGUAACUGAAGCAAGUGCUGCUGUACCCAGCAAAAGGAGAAAAAAGGGUCGUAAGGGGGGACAAAUGCCCUAUCCCGUUCCAAUCUCUACCGAUGUCAUUCCAGCGAUCACGGGGACUUCUCAGCCCCAAGGACCUGCCGGGAAUGCAGGCAAGGUAGGUGAGAUUCCGGCUGUAAAUCUCUCUUUACCAACCUCUGAGCCAGGCAAAGCCAAAGAAAGGAAAUGAAGUGUCGGGAAAAACUAUUAUUCUGAUUGAUUGAAUAAUGAUUACACCAUAUGAGACAUUUGUUAAGUCCAUUUAGAUUAUGACGAGUCUUUCAGGAAGUUGUAACUUUAUGCUUUGCUUAUCAUUAUUUCCUUUAAAUUGGGAUGUAAUACAAGCAU